AUGCAAAUCAAGUGGUUGGAUGACCUUCUGGCAAUUGCCGAAUGGAAAAACUUUUCGCGUGCAGCCGAAAUCCGCUGCGUGACUCAGUCAGCGUUGUCUCGACGUAUCAAGUCACUUGAAGAAUGGGUAGGUGCAGAGCUGGUGGAUCGUGGCACCUAUCCUGUCCAGCUCACCCCGGCUGGCCGAACAUUUUGUGAAGAAAGCCGCGAGGCAUUGGCGGGUUUAAUGAGAUUGCGCUCAAGCCUUCGCGAGGUAGAGCGAAUGCCCGGUCGAUCCAUCCAAAUCACUGCCGGCCACAGCCUUUCCAUGACCUUCUUGCCGAGAUGGCUCAAGCAGUUUCAGCAGCACAACGAGCAAUUCAAUGCGCGGGUCGUUGCCGCCAAUAUCCACGAUGCGGUCAUAGCUCUGGAAGAAGGCAGCUGCGAUCUGAUGAUCGUCUAUCAACACCCCUUGGCACCCAUUCUUCUCGACUCGGAAAGGUUCGGGAGUUUGACCUUAGGGCAUGACGCGUUCAUUCCAUUGUGCGCACCUAACAAGGAUGGUACUCCGCUGUAUCCCUUGCCAGGAACUUCCAGCAAAACAGUUCCUCAUCUCGCCUACACAGCUACGACUUUUCUAGGUCGUGUUGCCGACAUCGUCAUCAAGAAUGGCCCGACUGCAUGCAUGCUGGAGCGGUGCUACGAAGCGGAUAUGACAAUGCUACUGAUGCGAAUGGCAGUAGAGGGCUACGGAGUAGCGUGGCUGCCCCAAAGCGCGGUCAUAGACGAACUGCAGCGAGGGCAGUUGGUGAAAGCGGGUGGUGAUGAAUGGAGCACGCGACUGGAGAUUCGCUCCUACAGCUCAAUCGACAACAAGAACCCGACAAUGCGCAACCUUUGGAAGACGCUCGAAGGUGCAUCACGUAGCUUCCCGGGCCAUCAAACUGAA